GUGUGCCAACACGGGCUACUGGGAAGCGACAAGACUUAAGGGGCUGGGAGGACAAGACAGGCAGCUCAAGUGCUUGGUGGGUUGGUGCGUGCUGUCUGUCGCGGAGGGGAGAGGUGGGGGCUCGGGUGCUGUGUGCAGUUGUCCUGCUUUCUUCUCUCUCACCGGUCGGCGAGCACGCGCGCACUCGCACCCGCCCCACAGCCCCUCCCAUAGACAAAUACACACAGACACAUAGGCACUUCCCUGCCUCUCCUUCUCGCGGUGGGCUUGUCUGCCUUGGAGGCGAGAGCGGGCUCGCGCCGCCGCCACCGCGCUCCCGUAGCUCUUGGGCUGACGGCCGCGGGCUCUGCCCGGGGAUGGGGGAGGGGUGGUCCUGCGCCGCUGCGCGCUCCUCCUCCUCCCCCUCCCCACGCUGUUCCGAGGCCCGGGCGGCUCUGCCCAAUGAGGAGCGGCGUUGCUGGCAGGUGGGGAGUGUUUUUGUUUUGGGUUGAAGUUGAGGCUGAGAAGAGAGAAGAGCUAGCGACGAGCAGUCGUCGCCACCACAGCGGGAGGAGGAGGAGGCCUUGCUGGAGUCGAGAGGUCUCUCCUCCCCGCCGACGGCCCCAUCCCGCUGGUCCUCUGCCUCGUCUCGGUACCGGAACUCCGGGGCCUGCCCGGGGCCCCCAGUCUUUGCACGCCGCAGCGCCCGGCCCCGGCCGCACCCGCCGGCCCCAUGAGGAGGGACGUGAACGGAGUGACCAAGAGCAGGUUUGAGAUGUUCUCAAAUAGUGAUGAAGCUGUAAUCAAUAAAAAACUUCCCAAAGAACUCCUAUUACGGAUAUUUUCUUUUCUGGAUGUUGUUACCUUGUGUCGCUGUGCUCAGGUCUCCAGGGCCUGGAAUGUUCUAGCUUUGGAUGGCAGUAACUGGCAGCGAAUUGACCUGUUUGAUUUCCAGAGGGAUAUUGAGGGCCGGGUAGUGGAGAAUAUUUCAAAAAGGUGUGGGGGCUUUUUACGAAAGUUAAGUCUUCGUGGGUGUCUUGGAGUAGGAGACAAUGCUUUAAGAACCUUUGCACAAAACUGUAGGAACAUUGAAGUGCUGAAUCUCAAUGGGUGUACAAAGACUACAGAUGCUACAUGUACUAGCCUUAGCAAGUUUUGUUCCAAACUCAGGCACCUUGACUUGGCUUCCUGUACAUCAAUAACAAACAUGUCUCUAAAAGCUCUGAGUGAGGGAUGUCCACUGUUGGAGCAAUUAAACAUUUCCUGGUGUGACCAAGUAACCAAGGAUGGUAUCCAAGCUCUAGUGAGAGGCUGUGGAGGUCUUAAAGCCUUAUUCUUAAAAGGCUGCACACAGCUAGAAGAUGAAGCUCUCAAGUACAUAGGUGCACACUGUCCUGAACUGGUGACUUUGAACUUGCAGACUUGCUUACAAAUCACAGAUGAAGGUCUCAUUACUAUAUGCAGAGGGUGCCAUAAGUUACAGUCCCUCUGUGCCUCUGGCUGCUCCAACAUCACAGAUGCCAUCCUGAACGCUUUAGGUCAGAACUGCCCUCGGCUUAGAAUAUUAGAAGUGGCAAGAUGUUCUCAAUUAACCGAUGUAGGCUUUACCACUCUGGCCAGGAAUUGCCAUGAGCUUGAAAAGAUGGACCUGGAAGAGUGUGUUCAGAUAACAGAUAGCACAUUAAUCCAACUUUCUAUACACUGUCCUCGACUUCAAGUAUUGAGUCUGUCUCACUGUGAGCUGAUCACAGACGAUGGAAUUCGUCACCUGGGGAACGGGGCCUGCGCCCAUGACCAGCUGGAGGUGAUUGAACUGGACAACUGUCCCCUAAUCACAGAUGCGUCCCUGGAGCACUUGAAGAGCUGUCACAGCCUCGAGCGGAUAGAACUCUAUGACUGCCAGCAAAUCACGCGGGCUGGAAUCAAGAGACUCAGGACCCAUUUACCCAAUAUUAAAGUCCACGCCUACUUCGCACCUGUCACUCCACCCCCAUCAGUAGGGGGCAGCAGACAGCGCUUCUGCAGAUGCUGCAUCAUCCUAUGACAAUGGAGGUGGUCAACCUUGGUGAACUGAGUAUUUAAUGACACUUCUAGAGUUACCGUGGAUCUCCAUUGGAAGCAACCCCAGUGUUCCGGGCAAAGGUUACAAAGUGAGGGCGGUGUCCAGAUCCCCAGAGCCACACAUAAAUACGCAUACCCACUCUCACCCUGACCCAGUCUGUCUCUGUGACCAGGGGACUGAGUUCGUGCUGGCUUUAUCAUGUGGAUUGGUAAAACUUAACCAUUCCUGUUGGAUGUGCCCAGAAGAAAACCAUAAGCAAGGUAGAUGGAAGGGGGCAUUCCAGCAAACCCAGUGUUACUGCCACUGUGGUUUCUUUAUUUUGUUAAGGGGUUUCUUUGGCAAUUUUGGAACAGCAACUGCAGUCCUCCAGGGUCAAGGAAAGCAUAGAAAAACAAUACAUGUUGUAUCAGGGACCAGAGGGAAAAUUUCUUUGCAUCCUAUAAAUGGUAGCCAUCCAUUGUGAGAUGCCUAAAGAGCUGCUGUGCUUCCUUGUUCCCAUGCCAACAUGCUGAGCAUGCUCACAAAGAAGGCUUGUCCAUUCCUCCUACUGUGUUUUAGUAUUUGGCCCAGAGGUUUGCUAAAUGGUUGCAUUGAAAUCACUGUGGUCCAGAUGUGAUGACUUAUUCACUCAAAUUGUCACUGUAGCACACUGUGUACCUGUCUUUCAUUCUCUGUUGCUCCCUCCUGCACUCUUGCUCAGUCUGUCACCUGUUCAUAGUCUGUUUACUCACACCCAGUUGUUACUCCUUUGCUGCUGUUGUGUUUACAAUUUGCAUUUUGGAUGAUUAGUUGGGGUUACCAAACAUUUUUAAAAGAGACAUUAUCAAUAAAUAUUUUUUUAAUUCUAAAUUUUA